GCUCUCCAGUUUCAGAACCCCUCAGUGUCUCUCUAAGUAGCCUCUGAAGCUCCUCACUCUCCCUCGGACCAGACAGACAGACAGACAGACAGAUACACUGCGCCCAGGGACGGACAGACAGACGCACAGAGACAGAGAGAGAGGCAUUAGAAACUCAGAGCAGUGUUCCCCCUUGCUCAGUCACUCCCUCCUAACUCCUCCCUCCCUCCUUUCUCAAUCUCUCGUUCCCUCCCUCACCUGCCUGCACCCGUACAACCACCCAGCCAGAGAACCACCCAGUCACCCAGCCAGAGAACCACCCAGCCAGCCACCCAGCCACCCAGCCACCAUGGCCCCCAAAAAGAAGAGUGCUCGUCAGCGGCAGCCCGUGUCGCUGGAGAAGCCUCUGCCCGUCUCUGGAGGGGUGCUGAUCGAGGAGACCCCGCUGGAGGUGGACCACCUGAACCUGCUGAACGGGCUGCGGGACUCGGGGUCCCCCUGCAGCUCCACGGAGAUGGUGCACCCCGAGCACGGCGCCGUCCUGCUGGAGGAGUUCAGCCGCAUGCGGCAGGAGCGUCUCCUCACUGACCUGGUGCUGGCCACCAAGACCAAGUCCUUCGACGUCCACAAGCUGGUCAUGGCCUCCUGCAGCCUGCACUUCCGGGAGCUGCUGAAGAGAGACCCCGGGGUGCAGAGGGUGGAGCUGGACUCCCUGUCCCCGCUCGGGCUGGCCAGCGUCAUCACCUACGCCUACAUGGGCAAAGUCAACCUGUCCCUGUACACCAUCGGCUGCACCGUGGCCACAGCCACCACCCUCCAGAUCCCACAGCUGGUGCAGAUGUGCAGCGACUUCCUGCUGCAGGAGAUGAGCGUGGAGAACUGCAUGUACAUCUCCAACAUCGCGGCGGCGUACGGGCUGAACGGAGCCGGGGAGGCGGCCCGCGGCUUCAUCCGGGCCUCCUUCAUGGAGUUCUCCCGGUCCGACCACUUCCUGCGGCUCACCCUGGAGCAGAUCCGCGAGCUGCUGAGCGAUGACGCCCUGCUGCUCCCCUCCGAGCUCGACGCCUUCCACAGCGCCCUCCGCUGGCUGGAGUUCGACCCGCCCCGGAGCCGCCACGCCGCCGAGCUGCUGAACCACGUGCGCUUCGGCACCAUCCCCGCCCAGGAGCUGGUGAGCCACGUGCAGCCCGUGCCGCGCAUGAUGCAGGACCCCGAGUGCCACCGGCUGCUCGUGGAGGCCAUGAACUACCACCUCCUGCCCUUCCAGCAGAACGGGCUGCAGUCACAGCGCACCAGGAGCAGGGCCGGCCGGUCCGCGCUGGUGGCCGUGGGGGGCCGGCCCUCGCUCACGGAGAAGGCCCUGAGCAGGGAGGUGCUCUGCAGGGACCCCGACUCCCUCGCGUGGCACAAGCUCUCCGAGAUGCCGGCCAAGAGCUUCAACCAGUGCGUGGCCGUGAUGGAUGGCUUCCUGUACGUGGCGGGCGGGGAGGAUCAGAACGACGCGCGCAACCAGGCCAAGCACGCCGUCAGCAACCUCUGCAGGUAUGACCCGCGCUUCAACACCUGGCUGCACCUGGCCAGCAUGCGCCAGCGCCGCACCCACUUCAGCCUGAGCGCCCUCGACGGGCAGCUGUUUGCAAUCGGGGGCCGCAGUGCCGAGGGGAUCCUGUCCACCGUCGAGUGCUACGUGCCGUCCAGCAAUGCCUGGCAGCCACGGGCGGUCAUGGAGAUGCCACGGUGCUGCCACGCCUCGGCCACGGUCAACGGGACCAUCCUGGUGACCGGCGGCUACAUCAACAGCGCCUACUCCCGCACAGUGAGCCGCUACGACCCAACCACGGACAGCUGGGCGCGGGCCGCGGAUCUCAGCACCCCCCGUGGCUGGCACUGCGCUGCCUCCCUCGGGGACAGAGCCUACGUGGUGGGGGGCAGCCAGCUGGGGCCGCGGGGCGAGCGAGUGGACGUGCUGCCCGUGGAGAGCUUCAACCCGGCCACGGGCCAGUGGAGCUACGUGGCGCCCCUCCCCGUGGGGGUGAGCACGGCCGGCCUCACCUCCGUGGAGGGCAGGCUGUACCUGCUGGGGGGCUGGAACGAGAGUGAGAAGCGCUACAAGAAGAGCGUGCAGACCUUCGACCCCGCGCUCAACGAGUGGGGGGAGGACCACGAGCUGCCCGAGGCCACCGUCGGUGUGUCCUGCUGCACCCUGACCCUGCCACGCAGCGCCACGGCCACGCAGCGCCACGGAAACACAGAGUCCAGAGCUAGCAGCGCCGCGUCCUCCGAGCCAGCCCGCGUGUAACACGGGAGUGAGGAGUCUCACGGCUGGUUUCACAGACCCCCCCCACCCCAUCAGCACCGGUCUCGGGCUUAACAACAUGGAAACGCUCAAGCACAAUUCUCAGGUAGAACUAUAAGAAACUGAGUCAAGCAGACAAAAGCGUUUCUGCACUUUAGUUUCACCUGGUAGAAUUCUGAUUGAGCGUUUACCCCUGUUCAUUUAAAACACUCAAGAGCAAUCAUAAUAAUAAUCAUAAUAAUAAUAAUAAUAAUAAUAAUAAUAAUAAUAAUAAUAAUAAUAAUAAAAACUCGACUUGGGUCUGUGAAACCAGCCUGUUGCUGUAUGCCGUGAAAGAUGAGUGAAACCGGCCCACAGCAGGCUCUGGCAGUGCGACCUGGAAACAGAAGCACAGAGAAGCCGGAGACGCUGAGAAACCUCAGCAGGCGUCUCCGGGUGAUUUCUUUUAGUAUUCGUUUGUCUGUUUUUGAUAGAGUGUGAAUUAGGAAGAGCAUGAGAAGCACACGACUCAGACUAGACCAGGAGCCUGUAGCCUCUCAUCUCCAGCAGGGCUUCAGCAGCUCCCAGCGGCUCCUGGGAUUGGGGGGGGGGGGUUUGGUAACAGGAUGAAAAGAGAAACGAGGAUAAGCAAAAAAAAAAAAAAAAAAAAAAACACUGGUGGUUUAGUUCAAUGUUUUUAACAUUUUUUUUUUUAAUUUCUAAAAAGACAGCUGUAGGAUUUUCGUGUAGCUGACAAGAAAAGUGUAGUUUUCACUUGAAGCGAAUCCAUUUUUUAUUAUUAAAGGAGAAACAGAGAUAAAUUAUUAUAAAGAAAAAAUAAAGUUUCAUAUUUUAUAGAACUAAAGAUCUACCGCAACUAAAGAAAGAAAGGCUAGUAGAAAUGCAAACGAAGGAGAGAGAGAUGGAUUAGUGGAGCGAAGAGAUUUGAAGAAGAAUCAAGUUUUAAAACAUGCUGGAGACUCCCGAGACUCAGGGAAGAAACCCGUCACAAAACACCAUGAAGCGAGGAGGCAGGCACACAGCGAAACCCGUCACAAAACACCAUGAAGCGAGGAGGCAGGCACACAGCGAAACCCGUCACAAAACACCAUGAAGCGAGGAGGCAGGCACACAGCGAAACCCGUCACAAAACACCAUGAAGCGAGGAGGCAGGCACACAGCGAAACCCGUCACAAAACACCAUGAAGCGAGGAGGCAGGCACACAGCGAAACCCGUCACAAAACACCAUGAAGCGAGGAGGCAGGCACACAGCGGCCCUGCAUGGAUUAUUUCUGAUCUUCAUCACCGCGUCGCUGCAGCUGCUUCUCUCGGCGCGGAGCACCAAAAAAGGCAAAGCUGAGGAGAGCGAGUGAGAUCUGGAGACAGGUGUGAGGGGGGCGGGAGGAAGCAGAGUCAUGCCAGCCAGGACAGCUGCUGCCUGCCCUGAGCCAGACACUGAGAGCACGGGUGCGAGGGGGCUUACUGGAGCAAAGAGGAAAAACAAGCGUUUCUGAAAAGAGUUACCGAGCACAGCCAGUAUGAUUUAAAAAGUUAGAAAAAGAGGGUAACAGCCUUCGUUUAUUCUAAAGUAUUCAGCUCAGGUUAAUACAUUACAGAACAUAUUCUCCAAUAGAAAUGCACGAGGGCUGGACACACAAGACAGUGAAUCUGAUGCACGAGGGAUGGACACACAGGACAGUGAAUCUGAUGCACGAGGGCUGGACACACAGGACAGUGAAUCUGAUGCACGAGGGCUGGACACACAGGACAGUGAAUCUGAUGCACGAGGGCUGGACACACAGGACAGUGAAUCGAAUGCACGAGGGAUGGACACACAGGACAGUGAAUCUGAUGCACGAGGGAUGGACACACAGGACAGUGAAUCUGAUGCACGAGGGUUGGACACCUCACACAGGACACUGCAAGGAGGGUUUGGUUUAGUUUGAUUGUCCAAAGGGACAAAGUAAGAACUUGGACACACGCGGGUAUUAACCCUUUAAUGCAUGAAGUACUGAAAAUAGUUAAAAAAUAAAUAAAUAAAUAAAUAAAUAAAUAAAAAGUUCUGAGGUAGUUCUGGACACAGAUA